UUUCACUCGACUCAUAUAUGAGAACGCUUGGCGGGAAUACAGAGUAAAUAAGUCUAUUUCAUACCGCAAAUGUAAUAAAUAUAUAUGAAAAUUGGUUAGGUCAAUAGAAAUUUUUUGGAAAUAGUGCAUAAUAAUAUUAUAAUCAUCAUGAACAUGGAUAUGAGUAUGGAUAGAGGCGGUGGAUUUCUAAAUGAUACUCCAUCAUUCUCUGAAGAUAAAAACUUAAGAAGAGCACAAAAUAUUGUUCCUGUAAUGAUUGGUCAAAUCAUACGUUCUUCCGCGGAUUUCCAAAUUUGGGAGAUUCCAGUUCGUAUGCUUACAUUUAUUGGUAUAUUACGUAAAGUUAAUGAAUCUACCACAAAAAUCACAUAUGAUAUUGAAGAUGAAACAGGCGUAAUCACAACUGUUCGAUGGUUAGAAGUAAAUAAGACUAUACCAGAACCAACGUUAGAAAUAAACACUUAUGUUCGAGUAUAUGGUCUUCUACGUGAUCAAAAUGGUGUAAAGCAAGUCUUCAUAGUGCGUAUAUUACCUCUUGAAGAUCUUAAUGAGUUAACUAAUCACCUGUUAGAAGUCACUUAUACAACAGUGAAAGCAGAGCAAAUAUUUAAAGCAAAUAAUACACCUGCUUUUUCUGUUAAUGUGGAUGAUAAUUCCAUGUUUAAUAAUGAUUGCACUGGUAUGACUUCAGAGCAAGCUAUAGUAUUUAAAAUAAUACAAGCUAAAAAUGAUACUGAAUGUGGAAUUGAAAGAAACGAUAUUAAAGCUCUCGUACCAGAAAGGAUUUUACAAGAUGUUGAUCAAAUAAUCCAUUUCCUUACAUCCGAAGGCCAUAUAUAUACUACACGUACGGAUGACCAUUUUAAAGCAACUUAAGUAGAUACUAUAACAAUAUAUAUUAUAGUACUGUGGGACAUAUAAAAAAUAAUUACCUUUACAUUUAUAUAACUUAUAUAUUUCUGUGUUUAAUAUUGUAAAAUUAAUUUAAAAUGAUAAGUAUACUUCAGUUAAUCAAUAUUAAUUAAG